GUCCGCCUCAUUUUGCUGGUGCUCGACAUUGACGUCGACUAUUUCUAGUGCGUGCAGAUCAAUAUAGGGAGAGAUCACCGGCCUGUAUUCGGAGAUCAAGAGAUUCAGAACCACUGCGCUCAUUGCGGCGAGCUAGACUACCUACUUCAUCAGAUACCACUUGGCAAGCCCUUUCAUACUUCUCGUAGACGCCCUAAGCAGCCUCAAGCUUUCCGGGAAGCCCUGACCCUCGAAUCCCAAUAGCGCAAACUAUUAGGAUUAUGCCAUUUAAUACACUUUGCAAUUUAUCGGGUCCAUCCCCCGUACCGCUCGAGCCUUUACCGCCACCUCCUUGCUCUCUCAUUCAUAUAGGCACUCGCACAUCUGACCUCACACUAAUCCCAGCCCUCGUGUUAUGGCACCCUUGGACCCUCGUGACUUCGCCAUUUGUUGAGCUUGGGUUGAUUGAACUAGUAAUAUCGCUUCUCUUUCUACCUAUCUCCUUGCGCUAUUUCGAGAGGCUAUGGGGUCCACUGGAGACAACGAAAUUCGUUCUCAUUACUGUCGUCAUCUCCAACAUCAUUGCUGUGUUUGUCAACGUCCUCCAGCAUUUUUUAAUUGGUCUGAAGGGCAUUUUUUGUCAAUGGAUGUCAUAUCGAGGAUUGAUGGCGCUCCAAGCGGGCAUUCUUGUUGCUCUUACUCAGGCCAUUCCUGAGCAUCAGAUUCUUCUUUUUGGUGCUCUGGGUAUCCGCGUCAAGCGUUUACCUAUGUUAUAUGUCACCUUCUCUACCAUAAUGUGCAUCCUUGGCUUCCAAUCACCAUACAUUUUGAUUCAGUUCGGCUGGCUUACGUCUUGGAUUUACCUGCCGGAGACGUGGGGGGAUCGUUCAGAAACGUUCGCGUUCGUCCAUUGGUUCCCUCCAAUACUCCACAAACCAAUCUCCUUGAUUUCGGACCUGGUCUACAAGAUUUGUACCCGAAUAGGUAUUGUUAAAGCGUAUGGAAGUGAUGACUAUGAGCCUUUACCGGCUGGUGGCAAUUUGUCCUCCCUGCCAGGUGGAGCCCGCGCAGAAGCUGAGCGACGAAGGUCAGGCAAUGGCCUCAAGGCUCUGGACCAGCGUCUGGCUUCCGCAUCAGCAGCCACAACAGCACCAAAAACAGGGGCCACGCCGCCAAUGGGACAAGCUCGUUGACGGCCCCUCCAGCUGGUGAAGCGACUUCUUUAGAGAAUGAGCGCGGCGCGGAUACCUAAUGUUGACCGCUUUUCCCCCCCUCUGUUGAUAUCAUUCUAUGGAUAAUUCAUUGGGUCUUCCGUUUAUAUAAUUGCCAGUAUCGUUCGAAAUGGGUCUGGGGGUGUUAGACAACCCCGCCCAAUUAGGUAGCACAUUCCAAUCGUGCGCUAGAUCGAGCUAUAUCUAGUCUACCUUUGCCAAUGUUGAACGUGCAGUUUCGAGCUCCC